GCACUUCCUCGGUUGUUCGUUCAGAGAAUUAAACCAAUACCCACAGACCUUUAUUCCCAAAGAAAAAAGAAACAAUUUAACCAAUACACUGUCGUUCGGUUUCGGCUUGUAAGGCGAAUGAGUUCCCAUCUCUCUCUAACCGUCGAAUCCUGUUUCUCUCUCUAGAUUGACGCAGUUGAACCAUCAUCGAUCUCUGGGCUCAACUAGACUUUAGACUGGUUCGUCGAUGAAGUGUCAACCCGUGGCAUGUAUAUGGUCAGGCUCUCCACCUGUUCACCGAGUCACCGCCACCGCCGUCCUUAAUCAGCCUCCCACUCUCUAUACCGGCGGAUCCGAUGGCUCCAUCGUCUCCUGGAACCUCUCCGCCAAUGACGACUCCACUCAGGAAAUUAAACCAAUUGCUAUGUUGUGUGGGCAUGCUGCACCCAUAGCGGACCUCAGCAUUUGUGUUCCUGUCGUAGUUACCAGAGAUGGAGAGAGAGAAAAGUCAAGUAAUGUGGUGCUGAACUCUAAGUCAUCUGAUUAUGGUGCUCUAAUAAGUGCAUGUACUGAUGGUGUGUUGUGCAUUUGGAGCAGAGGCACUGGACAUUGCAGGCGCAGAAGGAAAAUGCCACCUUGGGUGGGGAGUCCAUCCAUGGUACGGCCACUACCUGAAAACCCUAGAUAUGUUUGCAUUGCCUGUUGUUUCAUUGAUGCCGUUCAUUUGUCUGACAAUCAGUCACUUGAUUCCUCAGAAGGGAGUGAGGCUUUAAUGAAUAGAGACUCACAAUAUAGAAAACCCUCUAAUUGUUCAAUUGUAAUUGUUGAUUCAUAUACCCUUACUAUCCUCCAAACUAUUUUUCAUGGGAAUUUAUCCCUUGGGCCACUUAAAUUUAUGGUUGUGGUUCCAUCUGUUGAGGAUAUUGAAAAGCAAUCGGUACUUAUGGUAGAUUCAUUUGGUAAGCUACAAUGUUUUCCCAUAUUGAAGGACUCCAACCCAGAUGGGAAAUAUGAGACAUCCUUGCAGAAAGAUUCUUCUUGUUUGGAAAGGACUGACUGGGAAGAUGGGUUAGGUGAGAGGGGACAGGUUGUGACAUUUGCAAUCUGCAGGCAGAUUUUAGUUCUUAUAUAUAAAACCUACUGUAUAUUUAGGCUAAUGAGUAGUGGUACUGCAAUUGGAGAGAUAUCUUUCAUUGACAAACACCUUAGUCUUGAUGGCUAUGUCACUCAAUCACAGAUUAUAGGGGGCAUGUUUCUUGAUAAUGAUAAUGUUAGGAAGACAGUGAAUACCUUGGACUCCCCAGAUACAUUUGCAGAAGAUUUUGCCGUUUGGAAUAGUAGUGGUUCUGCGACUGUGUACAGAAUAUCAUAUUCAGACAACAUAUUCAAUUUUGAGCCCGUGUGUGUGAUACCUGCCGCUGCUCAUCCAGUUGAUGUGAGGUUAUCCAUUAGUUUUAUUCAAUUGAAAUCUUUUCUUCUCCGUAUUGAAUCAAUUUGCUUUCAAGUUGAAGAACCUUUGCUGUGGAAACCUCAUGUCACAAUCUGGUUAGUGCCUCAGCAACAUGAUAACAACACUAAGUCUUGUCAAGAAUGCAGAAUGCUUGGGGAAGGCAGUUUUUUGGUUGACUGGAUUACGAGCUCAAUAUCUCGUAGAAUUGAGGAACCCAACCACAAUGAUAACAUAGAACCAACUGGCAUAACUACUGAGAUAACUUCCCUGCAAAAGUCUGUUCCAUGUCAAAAAGUGGAUAAUACAUACGCAGACAAUGCAAACUAUGGUUUUCCUCAAAAGGAACGGCUUGUAACUACUUCAAUGGUUAUUUCUAGAAACUAUGAUAUUCCUUAUGCUGUUGUAUAUGGCUACUAUACUGGCGAAAUAGAAGUUGUACAGUUUGAUAUCUUAUUUGGCAGACCGGAUUCUCACGGUAGAAGUACACAUCACAAAGUGGAUUCAAAUGUAUCCAAACAAAUUUUUUCUGGCCACAUGGGUGCUGUACUAUGUUUGGCAGCACAUCAGAUGGUGGGUACCGCUAAAGGAUGGAGUUUUAAACAGGUUUUAGUGUCAGGGAGCAUGGACUGCACAGUCCGUAUGUGGGAUCUUGAUUCCGGCAAUCUCAUUGCAGUAAUGCACCAACAUGUAGCUCCCGUCCGCCAAAUAAUUCUUCCUCCUCCUCAAACUGACCGUCCAUGGAGCGAUUGCUUUCUAUCCGUUGGGCAGGACUUCUGUGUCGCUCUUACCUCUCUCUCGACUUUGCGGGUGGAGAGAAUGUUUCCUGGUCACCCAUACUAUCCUGCAAAAGUUGUAUGGGAUGGAACAAGGGGCUAUGUAGCAUGUCUCUGCCAGAACCAUUCAAGAACAUCUGACGCAAUCGAUGUUUUGUGCAUUUGGGACAUAAAGACAGGUGCUCGUGAGCGGAUUCUCCGUGGGACAGCUUCUCAUUCAAUGUUUGAUUAUUUUUGUAAAGCCAUCAAUAUAAAUUCCCUUUCUGGCAAUAUAUUGAAUGGAAAUACUUCUGCUUCCUCAUUACUUCUUUCAAUGACUGAAGAUGCAAAUUUUUCAAAAACUCAUUUAAAAAAUUCAGAGAAGGGGAUCUCUUCGUCAAAUAUAUCCCCAAGUAUGACUAAAAUGACACAGCCAAAUGCUUCUCAAGUUCAUGCUAGUAAGCAAGCCUCUGUAACAUUCCCUCAAAGCAACAAGCAUCCUGUCAAAUGCUCUUGCCCAUUCACUGGGAUUGCAAUGCUGAGUUUUGAUCUUGCAUCACUGAUGUCCCCUUGUCAGAAGCAUGUGAUCUUCAAAGAUGCUGGUAAUAAGCAAGAGAAUGCCCACAUGAGACAGGGAGCUGAGACACCCAAAGCUGGUGUUGGUAAGAGAGUGAACAACAUUUUAAAGGAACAGGGAGCUGUGACGUCAACAUCCCACCACGUUACUGCAGAUAUGACCUUAGAUGAUGGUUCUGAUUUUCAUGGGACCUUAAAUGAUACUGCAGUAGACGAUGACCAGGAUCAGUCACUUGAAAGAUGUUUACUUCAAUUCAGCUUGUCCUUUCUGCACAUGUGGAAUGUGGACUAUGAGCUUGACAAAUUGUUAAUCACUGACAUGAAGCUGAAGAUACCGGAAAAUUUCAUUGUAGCUUCUGGUUUGCAAGGAGACCGAGGAUCUCUGACAUUGGCAUUUCCUAAUUUGAGUGCUACUGUUGAGCUUUGGAAAUCGUCGUCAGAAUUCUGUGCAUUAAGAUCAUUAACAAUGAUUUCACUUGCCCAGCGCAUGAUUAGUUUAUCUCAUUCCUGCUCAGCUGCCAGCAGUGCUUUAGCAGCAUUCUAUACUCGCAAUUUUGCAGAGAAAAUUCCUGACAUCAAGCCACCUUCGCUUCAGCUACUUGUAAGUCUUUGGCAAGAUGAAAGUGAACAUGUACGAAUGGCUGCACGCUCAUUAUUCCACUGCGCUGCUUCACGGGCUAUUCCACUUCCCUUGUGCAAUCAUAAACCAAAUGACCAUGCAAACCUUCUGAACUCUUCAAAUGGAAUGGUAGAAAAUUAUCUUGAAAAUUCAAACAUAGAAGAAACAUCCACAAACAAGCUGAAGUCUGACAAAAGGCUAGAAGAAGAAGGAAUUUCUCAGGCUGAGGAAUCUGAAAUACUUGUAUGGCUAGAGUCAUUUGAAGUACAAGACUGGAUUUCUUGUGUUGGAGGAACAAGUCAAGAUGCAAUGACAUCACAUAUUAUUGUUGCUGCCGCACUAGCCAUUUGGUACCCUAGCCUUGUGAAACCAAGUCUUGCGAUGCUGGCUGUUCAUCCAUUAAUGAAAUUGGUUAUGGCCAUGAAUGAAAAAUAUAGUUCCACAGCAGCAGAACUUCUGGCAGAAGGUAUGGAGAGUACAUGGAAGGCAUGUAUUGGUUCUGAAAUUCCUCGUCUCAUUGGAGAUAUAUUCUUCCAAAUAGAGUGUGUUAGUGGUGCAUCUGCUAACUCAGCAGCGCAAAGUCCAGCUGUACCUCUUAACAUUCUGGAAACUUUGGUUGGGAUUCUUCUUCCGAGUUUAGCAAUGGCUGAUAUUCUGGGGUUUCUAAAUGUGAUUGAAAGUCAAAUUUGGUCUACUGCAUCUGAUUCCCCUGUUCAUGUAGUUGCCCUCAUGACUCUUAUCAGGGUCGUACGUGGUUCUCCGAGAAACUUAGCUCAAUACAUUGAUAAGGUAGUUAACUUCAUUUUACAGACUAUGGACCCUGGCAACUCAGUCAUGCGCAAAACAUGCCGUCAGAGUUCAAUGACAGCAUUGAAGGAAAUCGUACGUGUAUAUCCUAUGGUAGCCCUGAAUGACAUGUCAACGCGAUUAGCUGUUGGGGAUGCCAUUGGAGAGAUUAACAAUGCCAGUAUUCGGGUAUAUGACAUGCAAAGUGCGAUGAAAAUAAAGAUUUUGGAUGCAAGUGGACCUCCAGGACUUCCAAGUUUGCUAGGAGGAGAUCUGGAAAUGGCGGUAACUACUGCUAUAUCAGCUCUAAGCUUUUCACCAGAUGGAGAGGGUCUAGUUGCUUUUUCUGAGCAUGGGUUGAUGAUCAGAUGGUGGUCACUGGAAUCUGUGUGGUGGGAGAAACUCAGUCGAAACCUUGCUCCAGUCCAGUGCACCAAACUGAUCUUUGUUCCCCCGUGGGAGGGAUUAUCACCUAAUUCUACAAGGUUAAGCAUAAUGGCAAGCAUAACGGGACAUGAUAGACAGUCCAAUUCACAGGAGAAUGCAAAAGAUCAGAGUGACACGGACAGGUCAAAACUCUUGACUCAUAAUCUUGACUUAUCUUAUCAGCUAGAAUGGGUAGGUGAAAGAAAAGUACUACUUACAAGGCAUGGCCAUGAGUUAGGCACAUUCCCUUUAUAAGCAAAUUGUCAUGCAGAUUCUCAUUCAGGAGACUCUUGGGAGAUUCUUCUUGAGAACCCUAGUCUAGAAGUUUCCGAUCAUUGCACAAUUUAUCUUGCAAAUUGCCUCAAUGAGAUGAUUUAAAUACCUAAAUAGAUAUAUCCUUCCCAUUGUACACUAUAUUAGGUAAAUGAUUUUAUACGCCUCGGCUUCUUCUCAUAGUUUCAAGCUUUUAUUCUGCCAUCUUCAUUUCCUCUAAAAAAGAUUAAGAUGAUUCAAGAGCUGUGGUAACAACUAAGAACUCCUUAAUUGUUUGCUUGAAGAAUGUGUAAAUGUCAGCAGUGAUUGAUUGAUUUAUUUAUU